AUGGAGCACCAGCACUAUCCUUAUCAUAAUCCGUUCGAAAGACGUCCCAUCCUUAAAUCCAAGGCCCCAGCUGUUAAGUGGACUAAGGAGUGGGUACCACAAGAUAUUGUAACCACAGGUGGGAAGUGCUUUCUUCGCAAAUGGGUCACAGAGGAAACGGUGAAGAGACUGAAAGAGAAAGAGAGAGAGAGCGAUGUUCCGGAGCCGGAGCCGGAACCAACAACGGAGGUUUUAUUUCUGUGCAGUUACGGAGGAUGUGGGAAAACUUUCUUUGACGCAAGUGCUUUGAGAAAGCAUUCCCACAUCCAUGGAGAAAGGCAGUACGUUUGCGAUGUCGUUGGGUGUGAGAAGAAAUUUCUGGAUAGUUCGAAGCUGAAGAGACACUCUCUCAUUCAUACUGGUGCCAGGGACUUUGUAUGCACUCAUGAAGGGUGUGGAAAGGCAUUCUCUUUGGAUUUUAACCUCAGGUCUCACAUGAAGACUCAUUCACAAGAAAACUAUCACAUUUGUCCAUACUCUGGUUGUGGGAAGAGAUAUGCUCAUGAGUACAAGCUCAAGAACCAUAUUCUUGCCUACCAUGAAAAGAAUGUAACUGGAGAUACGCCCAAAUACACUCCACCGGCAGAGAAAGUAUCACGGGCUGUCAAAACACCUGCAGGUGGUUAUGGCCCAGCGACUUCGGAACGUCCAUACGCAUGCCCUUACGACGGGUGUGAGAAAGCUUACAUGCAUGAGUACAAGCUCAAACUCCACUUGAAGAGAGAGCAUCCAGGGCAUUUACAAGAAGAGAACACGGAGAACCCAACACCAACCAAGCACAAUGGCAUUGACAGGAACAAUGUGGAUGAUGGGAGUGACCAAGGCUUUUACAGGAAACACGCUAGUAACGGGAAAAGUCAGGCGCAUAAACAACAAAGCAGAGCUAAGCCGAACAUGAGGACACCACCAGCCAAAGCUGUAAAGAAAGGUCCGGCCUCUUCUCCUGUCAAAGCAAGGAUUGCCAAGAAGCCAUGGCAAGUGAAAGAAACGUUUCAAGGAGGAGAACGAGAAGAAGAAGAGGAAGAUAGCGAGGAGACUGAGGAAGAUAGAGAGAAUGUGGAUGAUGGCUGGAGGUUUGGGGAUAACAAUGACGACGAUGAUGACGAAGAGACCGAGGAUGAAGACUAG